GUGCGUCCAGGCUCAUUAGUCAGGUACAGACUGGAAACAAAGUGUCUCCCUGCGAAGCUCCUCCUGAGUGGAGAACCCCAAGCACGGCGGGAGAUGUGCCAUCGAGGUCUCUGUUCACCUGACCACGCAGACAGAGUGUGCUCUGUGGGGGCGCAGGAGGUGAGGCUCACAGCUGUUACCGGACAGAAUGGCAGCGCUGCGAAAUCACAACAACACGACUUUAUGGAACGGAUCCUCGGUGGAGCAGAAUGAUGUUGACGUGCCAGCGGAUGGGUCUCCGACUUUGCGCAUCCUCAUCUCCGCCGUCUACUCGGUCGUGUGCGCCGCGGGACUCCUGGGGAACCUGCUGGUGUUCUUCCUGAUGAAAGCGCGCAGGGGCCGGAGAAAGAGACCCAGUAUCAACCUGUUCAUCCUGAACCUGGCGGUGACGGACUUCCAGUUUGUGCUCACUUUGCCGUUCUGGGCGGUGGACAUAGCUCUGGAUUUCAGCUGGCCGUUUGGAAACGCCAUGUGCAAAAUCGUUCUCACAGUGACGGUGAUGAACAUGUACGCCAGCGUGUUUUUCCUCACAGCCAUGAGCGUCACUCGGUACUGGUCCGUGGCUUCGGCCCUGAAGGACAGGACCCGGCAGCGGGUGUGCCCAGUGCACUGGGUGAUUCCCGGACUGUGGCUCUGCGCCAUGACGGCCUCUUUGCCAACCGCCGUGUUCUCCACGGUAAGAAGGGUGGCAGGGGUGAGACUCUGUCUCAUGGGCUUCCCGGACGGCAAACCCUGGCUUUUGCUUCACCACCUUCAAAAGGUUUUGGUAGGUUUUGUGUUCCCCAUGCUGAUAGUGACGGUGUGCUACCUGUUGCUGCUGCGCUUCGUACGUCUGCACAGCAUGAACAACAACAAUCAGGUGAAGCGGAGCGCCAAGGUGACCCGUUCGGUCACCAUCGUGGUCCUCUCCUUCUUCAUCUGCUGGAUGCCGAACCACGCCAUCACCUUCUGGGGCGUUCUGGUGAAACUGAAUGUGGUCAACUGGGAUAGAGCUUAUUACAUGGUGCACACGUACCUCCAUCCAGUCACCGUGUGCCUGGCGCACACCAACAGCUGCCUGAACCCGGUUUUGUACUGCCUCAUGCGCAGGGAGUUCAGGAAGAAGAUAAAAGAUAUGUUCUGGAGAAUUUCCUCUCCCUCGGGGAGGAACGCAUGUCAUCUGCAGCCGUUCUCCAGAACAACCAGAGAGCCGGACGACACACAGACUGCCAUCCCGCUGAACAACCUAGAGACGGCUUUUACGGACCAGUGCGACACGGAUGCGUUAUAACAGGAAAACAGCACCAGACGUUAUUUUCACUGUCCGAUUUA